AUAAAGCGUACGGCGAUUGUCAUGACGGAGCUAAAUUUGAGUGAAAUCGCUCUGUAAUUUCAAUUCAAAAUCUAGUAUAUUUUAUGAAUUUUAAUAACAAAAGUGUAACAUCUACAACUAAUUAGAUUCCUACUGUUCGGUUGUCGCAUACUGCAACAUGUCUAAUGAAAGAUACAGUUUCUCUUUGACUACAUUCAGUCCUUCCGGAAAAUUAGUCCAAAUAGAAUAUGCUUUAGCAGCAGUAGCUGCCGGUGCUCCUUCUGUCGGCAUCAAAGCUAAAAAUGGAGUUGUAUUAGCUACUGAGAACAGAAGCAAAUCGAUCCUUUACGAAGAGCAAACAAUUUUCAAGGUAGAAUCAAUCACCGAUCACAUCGGAAUGGUAUACAGCGGUAUGGGCCCCGAUUAUAGAGUACUCGUGAAAAAAGCUAGAAAAAUGGCUCAAGAAUACUAUAAAAUGUACGAUGAACCGAUCCCUACCGCUCAAUUAGUUCAAAGAGUAGCGCUCGUAAUGCAAGAAUACACGCAAUCUGGAGGUGUUAGACCAUUCGGCGUUUCAUUGUUGAUUUGCGGAUGGGACAACAAUAGACCUUAUCUAUUCCAGUGUGAUCCUUCUGGAGCUUAUUUUGCUUGGAAAGCAACAGCUAUGGGAAGACUUUACGUUAACGGAAAAACAUUCUUAGAAAAAAGGUACAGCGAUGAUUUGGAAUUAGAUGAUGCUGUACAUACAGCGAUACUUACGUUAAAAGAAACGUUUCACGGUGAAAUGACCGCUGAAAAUAUCGAAGUUGGUAUUUGUGAUAGUACCGGGUUCCGUCGUUUGAGUGUUUCCGCCGUCAAGGAUCAUUUGGCUAAUAUUCCCUAAUUUGAAAUUGGUUUUUUUUACUAUUUUAUGUGUAAAAAAUAUAAUAUAGCGGUUAUUUUUCUAUA